GCGCAAAGGGACAACACGCUUUCACGCCGCACCCCUUUCAAAUAAAACGAUAAAACCAUACAUUAAAAUCUUGCUUGAUGUCUGUGUAUGCCGGCUAACUGAGGACAUCAUUAGGAUACUUCAGGGGAUCUCGUCUUAUCUUUAGUUUAGUACAGGAAAAUAACUUAAUUAAUUUUAAGCGUAAAAAUGACGGAAGAGGAUAACUGGGAUGAAGAUUUGGAAGAAGACGCCGCGAUAGCAAACCUCGUCCAUCAAUUGAAUAUCCACAAACAACAUAUUGGGAAAUCAGACCGUAAUUCUGAAGUACGGCCAUUAAAUGAAAGAGUGGACUUUGUUGCACUGCCCUGUGGUCAUCGAAUGCCGACAGACUAUGUUGUUGCUUGGUUCAAGUGUUACCUAAAGCAGAAAAAGACUGAGUUUUCCUGCCCUCGUUUUAACGAGGUUCAGGGGAAAUCCUGCGGUCUGAAGCUCUCUUAUCAGGACCUCUGUCAGCUGAUACCACUGACAGACAAACAACGGGAAUUCUUGGAGGAGAACCUCGCUGCUCUUGUUGCUAGAAGGCUGUUUGACUUUAAAGCUUGUCCAGGAUGUCAGUCUCAUGUGGAAAGACGAGAUCGAAGUAACCUGUGUGUAAACUGCAUUAUCUGCACGGCCAACCUGAAACGAAAUUACUACUUCUGCUGGAGCUGCCGCAGGGAGUGGAAGGGGCCGGCCAAUAAUUCUGUGCAAUGUGGCAAUACUGGCUGUGGACAGAGAGCGAGAACUUCAGAUCCUCUUAUAGGAUGCAAACCUGAGUUUAAAAUGAAAAUGCUUAGAGAAAAGGGAGACGAUAUUUACCCAAUAAAAGACAAAUCCAAUGACAGAAAACGUUUGGCACUGCUUAUCAACAAUGUAGAAUUUAAAAACUUAGAUGACAGGACCGGGGCAGACAAGGAUGAGCUGAGAAUGGAAGUGCUGCUUAAAGGUCUGGGUUACACUGUGAUCACACUCAGAGACCUCAGUGCACAGGGUAUGCUUUCUGCCAUGCGAGACUUCGCCCAGCGAGAGGAACACUCUGAAUCGGACAGCUGCUUUGUGGUGUUGAUGUCCCAUGGAGAUGCCAGUGGAAUCAGUGGGGUUUUUGACUCUUUCGACAGUGAAGAUGAAGAGGACAUUUUUCCAACAGAUGAAAUUUUUAAUUGCUUGAACACUCCGAACUGUGCUGGAUUGCGGGACAAGCCAAAAAUCAUCCUUAUCCAGGCGUGUAGGGGUGCCACAUGCCUUGGCAAAUUUUGCCCUGUUACAGAUAAAGAAGGCAGUGUGGAUGUCCCGGACGCUGUGCCAAGACGCAACAGAGGUAAAGAGCACCGUGAAAAAGACUUCUGCUGCCUGAGAUCCUGUACUCCAGAUACUGUGUCCUACAGAAACCAAGAGAAUGGUUCACAUUUCAUCCAAGACAUUGUGGAAAUAUUUAAUCAGCAUGCCCACCAGGACCACAUCGAGAAACUCUUCAGAAAGGUCCUUAAGAAGUUUAAGAUUAUGCAUCCGGAUCAAAUGCCAUGCAAAGAAAGAACAACAUUAUCUAAGAGAUUCUUCCUCUUCCCUGGGUUGUAAGACACAGCAACUAUAAAUUCUUGAUUUAUGCAUCUUUUUAUUGUCAUCUCAGGACUUCCUCUUUGAAGAAAACAAGAAUUUAUUGAUAUUUUAAUGAGUUUGUAUGUUCGUAUAUUCCUUGAUUAUGAAAUGAACAGAUUUAGCUUGUUGUCCAACUUGAAACUUGAUUUGAGCACCCCCCACCAACCCAGACUAUUUUACAAAUAAAGUUAAAAAUAAUUGAUUGAAGGAUUGAUACAAUUAAAUUAACUAGCUCUAUAAAUGUAUUCUUCAGUAAAUUUCACAAUGUUAAAACUAUGCUAUUUUCCUUCGAUUUAUUUGAAAAAAAGAAGAAACAGAUAUUGAAAUAUUAUGUAUGAAAUAUUAUGACCAUCAGGAAAAUAACAACUGGAUAUGCUGUGAACAUACUGUAUUAAACUGCUUUUUACUGCUU